ACUGCUGGGCAGUCUGAGAGCUCAGGAGAAGAGGGAAAGUCUGAGAGAUAAAAAAUAGGCAGAGAGAGCCAAAGGCAGAGGAAAUAAAAUCUGUCCAGUUCAGGAGAGGCUUGGCUGUGCAGGCACUAUGAAAAGCUUUCUUUCCUGGGCAGUCCUGGCAGUCCUUGUCCUGGUGCACAUCUCCCAGGCAGUCUAUGUUCAGGAUGGAGACUUGAAAUUCCCCCUGGAGUCUGUGAAGAAGCUGAAGGAGCUCAUGGAUGCCAACAGGCGCACCAACCCUCGCAUGGUGGUUCCCAUGGCCAGCUAUUCCCCAUGCCAAGAAAAACACCUCCCUGAGGAAUUCCGGCCUGUGUGCAAGAGGGAAGAUGCACCCAUGAUUUUUAAGAGGCUGAGCCUGGCUGCUGAGGACGACCUCUGUGAGAUCUGUGCCAAUGCUGCCUGUGCUGGCUGCUUCUGAGAAGGUGCAAAAACCCACAAAAGACAUGUCCAGCUGAAGUUUGUGCAUUCCUGUGGAAAGAUCAUGUACUUUCACCAAUCAAUAUUCCUGGGCUUCAUCUCCCACUGCAGCCAAACUGCAGCUGCCAUCUCAGGGGACAUCCCUGCGGUCCUGCAGCCCCUGGAUCAGGUGCCACCAGCAGAGCAGAGCUGCCAGCAGGGAGGCUGUGACUGCUCUGAGAGGCUCCAGUGCUGCAGGAGUUGGGUGGCACUGGAAUGGAAAUGCCCUGGGUUUCAUUUCCCACUAUUUUGCCUGGAUUUGAACAAGCUCUGUGAAACUCAGCAUCCCCUGCAGCCUUUUGAUUGCUAAUAUUUAGUAUCUAAUAUUUAAUGUCCAAUAAGUAGUAUUCAAUGAUUUUUAUCUGCCUGUGAUUUAGCCUCCCCUACACACAACAUCACUGGGUUAUUCCCUUUCCCAGUCCCUCAUUCCCAGUGUGUUGGAUCCCUUUUCCUUCCACCUGUCUGCAGGUGACACCUCUGAGUUUGUAGCAGAACUGCAAAGAGUAACUCGAGCUGAAUUCCUGGUGUUCAGGAACACUGACAGCCAGAAAUCAGCCUGUUCCUUGUACUGAUUGCUGUUGAUUUGGGGAAUGGGUGUAGAGGAGCACAGGAACACUUCUCACUGGCUGGAUAUCAAGGUUCUUUAAACUUUCUUUGAGAGAAAGGAAUUCUAAAGUGCAGUGCUAGAAUCACACUGAAAUGAAAGCAUUGCCUGUUGUUUUAUUUAUUGGUGGCAAGAUUGUGAAGAAAUUCUCUGUCCAUGUUUAUAUGCUGUAUAGUCAAUAAAAAAAACUAGUAAUAAUUUGGAA